UAACAAAUGGCCGGCAAUUUCAAGAAUUUUUUCGCUCUCUCUUGCUGUAGCCGUAGCUCUAGGGUUUGCUUUUCCUCGACUCCAGUCGUGUCUUUUCGACUUCGCUUAAAGUUUUGAACGAGUCGAUUAAAGAUUUCAUGGCCUCCUUCGACGACGUUCCCGUUCUUUUGUUGGAUCGGAAGUAACGACGACGACGGAAGGGAGCUUGCUCGUUGCGAAGUGUGAGAGCCUGUCAUGUCUUUGCAACGAAAAAGAAGGAAGAUUAUGAUGAUGCUCUCUGACUAUAAAGUUCAAUGGUAGUGAUGUACCAUCGCCUUAUUGGUAGUGCGUCUUGGCCAGAUGUUAAAUCAGUUUCUUUAUACAGAAACGUUUAUCCUUUUCUUUUGCGUAAAUCUGUCUGAAUCCUGCAGUUCUGAUUUCCAUGAGCCGUUUAUGCAAACUCUGUUAGCUGAAACCAAAAUUUGAUUAUAUCCUGAAUAGUCGUUGAUUGUUCUAACUGAUUCAUAGCGUACAAAAAACUUUUCCAGGGAAGUAAAAUAGAUGUCAGUUUCAGUGACUCUAUAAUGCUUCCUCAAUGCAAGAAAAGAAGAAUGAACGAUGGAGAUGCUCAGGCUUUCAUACCUAUUGUACUCUCUUCUGAUUAUUUUGUUGAGCCUUCAGUUACUGAAUUGGCUGCCAGAGAGUAUAUUGAUCCUGGUUACUGCAGCAGAGUCCCAAACUUUGUGAUUGGAAGAGUAGGCUAUGGAUACAUUAAAUUUCUUGGUGUUACCGAUGUCAGAUGGCUGAACUUGGAGAAGAUUGUAAAGCUUGAUAGACAUUCUGUAACAGUGUAUGAAAAUGAGAGCGACAAGCCACCAAUUGGCCAAGGGCUAAACAAAACUGCUGAAGUAACACUAAUCCUUCAAUUGAGAUUAGUUGAUUCACAAGGUUUAGACUCUUCUAAAAUCACAUCCAAGUUGAAAAAAUGUACAUAUAAGCAGGGAGCUAAGUUUCUUUCAUUUGAUCAAUCAAGUGGCGAAUGGAAGUUUCUUGUUCAUCAUUUCAGUAGAUUUGGAUUGGGGGAGGAUGAAGAAGAUGAUGUUGUUAUGGAUGAUGUACUGGUUAAGCCGGUUCAGUCUACUGUAGAAGAUCAUGAAGCUCCUUCUGGUGAAAUUGUACUAUCCCACUCUCUUCCUGCUCAUCUCGGGCUUGACCCUGUAAGGAUGCAAGAAUUGAGGAUGCUGAUGUUUUCAGCAGAAGAGGAUGAACCUAUUGAAGAUUCAUUUCCUUCAGAUAGAAAAAUUUUUGGCAGGGAAUUCCUGAGAGAAAAAUCUGCCAGCUCCAGUGCUAAAGGUUCUGUUUAUAGGUCUUUGGAAGGUUACGCUCAGAAGGCAGGUAAUAGGAUUAGUUCUUCCCCUUUGAAGAAAUCACCAGUGCCAUUACUUGAAUACCAUAAAAGUAGCUCUGACAUAUCUCCAUCUGGAGGCAUUCUCAUGACAGGUCAGAACAAGGGAUUGCCACUUAGGGUAAAAAGGGCAGAAGGCUUCAGACUAGAUGAAAAGCAUGCAACUCCUUUGUCUGGAAGAUUUUCUAAUAAUGUUGUUGACGCUGGUCUAUUUAUGGGUAGAUCUUUCAGAGUUGGAUGGGGACCAAAUGGCAUACUUGUCCAUGCUGGUACCCCUGUUGGUAAAAUGGGAACUGUAUUGUCUUCUAUAAUUCAUGUAGAGAAAAUUGCAAUAGACAGAACUGUGAGGGAUGAACAGAAUAAAGUCAAAGAAGAACUAGUUGAUUUCUGCUUUUCUUUUCCAUUAAAUUUGCACAAAUCAUUAGACCAUGAAACGAUGGAAGUCAAGGUUGACUCUUACAUGUUAAAGCUACAGAGAGUUAUAUCUAGUCGCUCAAUGCUUCCAGAUAUUUGCCGGUCAUAUAUUGACAUCAUUGAAAAGCAGAUUGAAGUGGCUGGUUUGUCUGCAUCCACUCGUGUCCUUUUGAUGCAUCAAGUGACUGUAUGGGAGCUGAUAAAAGUUUUGUUCUCAGAAAGGGAGAAUAAUGAAAAUUUUAGAUCUUCCUCAGACGAUGUUGGUGAGGACAUGGUACUUGAUAAGAAGGAUAGACCUCUUAAAAUUGAUGCCGAGGCAAACCCUUUUCUUCGCAGAGCUGAAUUCAGCUAUUGGUUGCGUGAAAGUGUUUCCCACAGGGUUGAAGAAGAUUUCAGCUAUUUGAAUGAUUCAAAAUAUUUGGAAAAAAUCCUUGUAUAUUUAACUGGAAGAGAGCUUGAUGCAGCAGUAGAACUUGCUUCAUCUAAAGGAGAUGUACGCCUGGCAAUUUUGCUGAGUCAAACUGGUGGAUCAAUGGUUAAUAGGGCUGAUAUGGCUCAACAAUUAGAUAUGUGGAAAGAUAAUGGAAUGGAUUUCAAUUAUAUUGAGAAAGACAGGCUGAAGCUGUAUGAACUACUUGCUGGAAACAUUCUAGGUUCUCUGCAGGAUUGGUCUGUUGACUGGAAAAGACACCUAGGAUUGGUGAUGUGGUAUCAGUUGCCACCUGAUACUCAACUUCCUGUGAUUAUUAACACCUAUGAACAACUUCUUAGUGAAGGAAGAGCCCCACAUCCAGUUCCUGUUUAUAUUGAUGAGGGUCCUAUUAUUGAUCGAGUGGAGUGGAGGGCUGGUGACCGUUAUGAUAUUGGUUAUUAUCUUAUGCUUCUUCAUGCCAAUGGAGAAAAGGCCUUUGGUCUUCUAAAAACUAUGUUUAGCGCCUUCUCUUCCACAUUUGAUCCACUUGAUUGCCACAUGAUUUGGCAUCAACGAGCCAUAUUAGAAUCGAUAGGUGUUUUCAGUUCAAAGGAACUUCAUGUUGUUGAUAUAAGUUUUGUUUCACAGCUGCUGUGUCUAGGGCUAUGCCAUUGGGCAAUUUAUGUUGCCAUCCACAUGCCUUACUAUGCUGAAUUCCGAUAUAUACAGGCCAAUCUAAUCAAGGAAAUUUUGUCACAAUACUGUGAGGCCUGGAGUACGAGUGAAACACAAAAAAGGUUUAUUGUAGACCUCGGUGUACCACCUGCAUGGAUGCACGAGGCUUUGGCAACAUAUUACGAAUAUUACAGGAAUCAUUCAGAGGCCCUUGAACACUAUCUAAAAUGUUCUAAGUGGCAAAAAGCUCAUUCGAUUUUCAUGACAACAGUAGCUCAUUCAUUGUACCUAUCUUCCAAAGAUUCAGAGAUUUGGAGGACUGCAAGCAUCAUGGAAGAGCACAAAUUAGAAAUUGCUGAUUGGGACGUAGGAGCUGGAAUUUUUAUUGAUUUCUACGUCUUAAAAAGUUCCUUACAAAAGGAUAUCUCUCAGUCUGAACCAGACCUACUUGCAAGAAAAAAUAAAGAAUGCAGGCAUUUCUUCAGUCGGCUAAAUCAAUCAUUACGAGUUUGGGGAAGCAGACUCCCAAUUGAUGCGAGAGCAACUUAUUCGAGGAUGGCAGAGGAGCUAUGUGACCUGCUGCAGUCCAUUCCAGGUGAAGGCUCAACUCCAUCAGUUCAAAUGAGCUGUUUUGAGACGAUGCUUGACGCUCCAAUCCCCCAAGAUAUUCGUGCCGGCCUUCUUCAGGAAGCUCUCUCUGUUUUCACCUAUGUACUUUCUCAUGCAGCUUCUUAGUAUUCAUCAUAAGGCUCUCUUUCUUCAUAAAAGCAGAUUCUUUGUGAUCUUCUCUGUAACAUUAGAAUGAAAUAUAGCAGCUCCAGUUCUAUGUGCUCUGUUUGAUGUACUUGUAUUCUAAUUUUUUUAGUUAUUACAUCAGUGAAGAAAGAGAACUGUUUUUUUUUUUUU